AUGCCUGGGCAAAUAGAUGUGGCGGCCAAGGGCCAGAGACAUGGAGAUGGACAGAGACAGAGCCGCAGUUGGCGCGAAUUGGGUUGGAUAUUUGUAACCUACUUAAAGGAUUACUGCGCCAAUUGUACUCUGGUUGGUUUCUCCUACAUUGCCAAUUCCAGGCUUCAUCCAACGGAACGCAUCAUCUGGCUGAUUUGUGUGGUGCUCUCGGCCAUGGGCUGCUACUAUCUGAUCGCCGAUUACCAGCGCAGCUUUCCCAUACGAGCCGUCAGCAUUGUCUACGAGAGUUUGCCACCAUUUUCCAACUGGAAGUUUCCCACUGUCAGCGUGUGCGAAGUUGUCUACAAAUACGAUCUGGGACCCGAAGUGGAGGACUAUGUGAGAAGCUUGGGCAGAGACGUCGAGCUAUCUUAUAACUACGAUGUGGAGACACAUGUCUCGUUCAUACUGUUUCCCCAUCAAUACCACGAGGGCACCAUCAAAUCGCAUUGCACUAAAAUCGAAAAUUGUGACGAUUGUGCCACCUGCCCGGAGACGGACUAUCGUCAGUUUUUGACAAGGUAUGGGGCCAACUGCUCGGACGUUUUUAUCAAUUGCAAGCUAUCGAAUCGGGAGUUUGACUGCUGCCAAUACUUUCUGCCGCUGAUCACGCCCUUCGGCCGUUGCUUUAUGCUCAACUCGCUGCAGAACAAUGUACGCGGCUCGGAGCACUGGCUGCCAAACAUCCUGGAGCCCGGCAAUGAGACGGCCCUGAUGCAGCUGCUCACCCAUCGCCCGGUGCAGGUGAAUCUGCUCAACGAGGAGGAUAUACCGCACACGGCGCUGGCUGCUGUCGGGGUGAGUGUCACGGAUCCGGGCCAGCACAAGACCAUUCAGUUCAACAUGGAGUCAAUGGAGAACGACUUGGAUGUGCACGAGAUAGAGCCGAAGGCACGCAACUGCCUGUUCCCCGAGGAGGUGCUGCCGUUCAGUUUGUACAAGGCCUAUAGCUUCAGCACCUGCAUUACGGAUUGCACGCGCCAGUUUCAGAUGAAGAUGUGCGGCUGUACUCCGUACAUGAUGAAUCCCUUUGCUGAUCCGCGUUAUCCGGACUGCGAUCUGGCCGGCUUGAACUGUUUGGAAUCGCAUUACAUGGUCAAACCAGACGCCAGGCUGCUGCUGGGUACACAUAAUGGCAAGAGCAACUGCGAUUGUCUGCCCUCCUGCAACGAGGGCGAUAUACGAGCCAUUUACGAGUCAGUGUCCGAGUGAGUGUACAGCCAUCUAAAUGCAUUUGUCUAUCGUAUCGUCAA